CAAGCUCGAGAGAGUUUUGAAUGUGAGCGUGCGCGAAUCGCGCGGGAGGGAGAACGAGCCAGGGAGAGAAAGGAGGAGGAAAGAUGGCGGAUAACAAAGGUGGAAAUAAUCUAGAGGCGAAUGGUGUUAGUGAGAGGAGCGGCCUGCUCGACAAGGAUGAGGAGAGCCGGGAGAAACCGGAGCCGGAGAUUAACGCAGCGUCGGGAUUGGCGACGAUGAUUACGGCGACGAUGAUUACGACGACGAUAGGAUCAAUAACAACAACAACGCCGGCGGCACCGCUAUCAUCGACCACGGCAGCUGAGGGACCGGGUCCGAGCCCAGGCCUAAGUCCGGGAGCGGGUCCCGGACCAAGCCCAGGGGGAGGCCCGAGUCCGGGACCAGGCCCGAGUCCGGUGUCAGGAGCCAGUCCGGGUGCGGGCCCGGACAAAGCGGUGGCGGUCCCGGUCGCGCCUGCGGCUGCGGCCCCUGCGGAGGUGAAUCUCAACCUCCUGGAUGAGUGCGCCGUGUGCCGCGAAACGCUGCAAGGGAAGGAGCCCAAGCUACUGCCCUGCCUCCACUCCUUCUGUAAGCGUUGUCUGCCGGAGCCAGAGCGCCAGCUGAGUAUUCCCAUUCCUACCGGGGGCAAUAAUGCUGCGGGAAAUAACGGAGAUUCGCCGACUAUCCAACAAGUUGGUGUGAUUCGGUGCCCGGUGUGUCGCCAAGAAUGCAGACAGAUAGACUUGGUCGAUAACUACUUUGUGAAAGAUUCCUCGGAAGGAACAAACAAUUCUGACGAGAAGUCACGUCAGGUAUGCACAAGCUGUGAAGAUAAUGCAGAAGCCAGUGGAUUUUGCGUGGAAUGUCUUGAAUGGCUCUGUAAGACAUGUGUUGAAGCCCACCAGAGAGUAAAAUUCACAAAGGAUCAUACAAUAAGGAGGAAAGAAGAUGUUUCACCAGAAGCUGUAGGAGCACCCAGUCAACGACCUGUGUUUUGUCCUAUACAUAAGCAAGAACAGUUGAAACUGUUUUGUGAAACAUGUGAUAAACUGACAUGUCGGGACUGCCAGUUAUUGGAACACAAAGAACACAGAUAUCAAUUUUUAGAAGAAGCAUUUCAAAACCAAAAAGUUAUUAUUGAGACUCUAAUGGCCAAGCUUCAAGAAAAGAAGAAUUACGUGCAGUAUGCAGCUAGUCAAGUGCAGAAUAGGUUAAAUGAAGUAACCGAUACGAACAAAAAGGUUGAGCAUGAUAUUAAAGUUGCCAUCUUCACGCUCAUUAAUGAAAUCAACAAAAAGGGGAAGAAUCUUUUGCAGCAGCUGGAGAAUGUGACAAAAGAAAGGCAAAUAAAAUUACUGCAACAGCAGCAGGAUGUUACCAGUCUUGCCAGGCAGGUGGAGCACGUAAUGAACUUUGCAAAGUGGGCCAUUUCCAGUGGAAGCAGCACAGCACUACUUUACAGCAAGCGAUUGAUUACCUUUCAGUUGCGACACAUUCUCCGGGCACGUUGUGACCCAGUCCCGGCCGCUAAUGGUGGGAUGCGCUUUCAUUGCGAUCCUACAUUCUGGGCAAAAAAUGUGGUGAAUUUAGGCAACCUUGUGAUUGAAAACAAGCCGAACCCUCCAGGUUACACUCCCAAUGUAGUUAUUGGACAUGGUUCCCAAGGCCCGGGGCCGGCUGGGGGAAAACCUCAGGGUCAGAUUAAUCUUGCACAGUUGCGCCUGCAGCACAUGCAGCAGCAGUUUGCACAGAAGCAACAGCAGAUGCAACAAAUGAGGAUGAGCCACCCAGUAGGACAACACCCCAGGACAACAGGGCCACAGAUGGUCCAGCAGCAGCCACCACGUUUGAUUAGCAUGCAAGCCAUGCCCAGAGGAAAUUUGAAUGGUGCUGCACUUCAGGCCCACCAGGCUCAUCAAGCCCAUCAGAUGAGACUGGCACAAAAUGCAGCUCGUAUGGCUGGAAUGUCUCGACAUAAUGGACAUCAGUACCCAAUGAUGCCUCAAAUACCACGGCAGCAUACAAAUCCUGGGCACACGGGACCAUUUUCUGCAGCCUCUGUGCACAAUAGCAUUCCAAAUCCGACCAGCCCCACCACUGCUAGUUUGGCUGGUGCAAACAGAGGGCCCACCAGUCCCACAGUUGCUACAAUAGAGUUGAUUCCUUCAGUGACGAACCCAGAGAACCUUCCUUCACUUCCAGAUAUCCCACCCAUUCAGCUGGAUGACGCUGGAUCGAGUACGUUAGAUAAUUUGUUGAGCAGAUUUAUCUCGGACAGUCAUCACCACCCGCCACCAUUGCCACCACCAGCCUCCUCCAGUUCAAACCCGUCCCCUGGACCCUCAGCACCAUCCCCUGGACCAGCAAUUGCAGCCUUAGCAAUGGCUAACUCUCACACUCCAGUCAGACCCUCGAGUACUUCUAGCACUGGUAGCAGAGGCAGCUGUAGCUCCUCUGGUAAAGCUCAAGGUACAGAGAGGGGGAUCUCAGUCUUUCGACCAGACCAAGUCAAAGUGAAGCAAGAACCAGGCACAGAGGAUGAUGUGUGCAGUUUUACUGGUGCUUCUGUAAAACAUGAGCAUUUAGAAGAUGGCCGGAGAAGCGCUUGCAUGAUGAGUAGCCCUGAAAGCAGCUUGACACCACCUCUUUCCAACAACUUGCACUCUGAGAGUGAGACUGAUAUCGAAGGACUUAGGCAAGUUGAAAACCACGUGAAGAUGGAGACUUCUGACAAGACGGGAAGUUGCAGGCAACUGAAUAAUGCUGUAAAUGGAAAAUCACCAAUCCGUAACUUUGCACAUCGCUCACCACGAGCUGGAGGGGACAACAGCAAUAAUAAGGAUGAAGACCCUAAUGAGGAUUGGUGUGCUGUAUGUCAGAAUGGUGGAGAUCUUCUGUGUUGUGACAAGUGUCCAAAGGUUUUCCAUCUUGCGUGUCACGUACCUACACUUCUCAACUUUCCGAGUGGGGAGUGGAUCUGCACGUUUUGUCGGGACCUGUCCAAACCAGAAGUGGAAUAUGAUUGUGAUAAUCUGCAUCAUAUAAAGAAAGGAAAAACUGGACCAAGCCUGGCUCCAGUUGACCAAAGGAAGUGUGAGCGUCUCCUGUUAUAUCUUUAUUGUCAUGAAAUGAGCAUUGCAUUCCAAGAACCUGUUCCUUCCUCUGUUCCUGAUUAUUACAGAAUAAUUAAGAAUCCAAUGGAUUUAUCCAGAGUGAAAAUGAAAUUGCAGAAAAAGCACUCACAACAUUACCAAACACCAGAGAACUUUGUUGCUGACAUUAGGCUCAUUUUCAAGAACUGUGAAAAAUUCAAUGAAGUUACCCUAUUACCUGGGGUUCAAAAUGGUCCUCAAGCCCUCAUGAGGACCAAAGAAAGGGAAAUGAGAACCAAGGCAGAUUCAGAGGUAGCCCAGGCUGGAAAGGCUCUAGAAAGCUAUUUUGAAACAAAGCUACAGGUGGUUUAUUCAGACAGAACCUUUACACCUCUGGUAGAGUCGGAUUCUGACCACGAAGAUGAAGCUCAUAUCAGUGAGGAUUCAGACGAUGACUUCGUUCAACCUAGGCGAAAACGGCUAAAGUCUGAUGACAGACCAGUGCACAUUAAAUAAUUUUCUCCACCUUUCAGAGGAAGAUGAACUUCUUGGACUUCUUUUUUUCUGUUCACAGGAUGUGAUCGAUACUCCCGUGGCUAUCUGCUUGUUGGUUGUAAAAGCUGAUACCCACCACACAGUAUUUAUUAGAGUUUUAAAAUGUUUUUGUACAAAGAAACAAAACUUUGUUGCAUUUGUUCGUUAUCUAAAUACUGAGAGUCUUUCCGGAUUUUGUUUCUUUUUUAAAAAAAUCCUUGCUGAUGUAAUUAUUUGAUUCUUUAUGUGCUAAACGUUGUAGAUGGCAUAUAUUUUAUUGGCAUGCACAAGGAACUACACAUAUUUAAUUUACAUAUUCAGAAAUGGAAACUUUCUCUGUAAGAUGGUAACGUUUCACGCAACUAUCAGAUUAGAUAAACACAGUAGCUCUUGCCUUCCAGGUGCCUGCUCUCAGUUACCUUUUUUCAGCUACCAAGUGUUCAGUUCAAAUCAGAUGCAAAAGUCUGUAAAUGCUAUCUAUUGAAUGUCAUGGAGAUCUAUUAAUUUCUGGUGAAGUACGUACGUGCACUACAAUAAAAGCUGCCAUUACCACAUUUUAACCUGAAGGACCACUAUAGCAUCUCUUCACAUUACAAAAGUACAAGAUUUGUUUAUCUUAACAAGACAACUGUAUUUAGAGGCUUAUUUCACAAAUAUAUUAGUACAUUUUUGUUCGAAUUUGUAGUUAGAAAACUGCAAAGCUGCCACUUAAUGUCAUAAUCUGUGGAAUGGCCGGAACACUCAAAACAUAUUCUGUGUUACCAUAGACACACUGCACCAUUAACUUGAAAUUUCAAGGGGUUUAUUUGCUGCAGAUAUGAUUUCAUGCUUUUUAAAGUAAUGGGUAUUUUGAGGAAAUUGAAGCGUAGAAAUAAGCCCUUUUCCUGGCAUGUUAAUCUGGUUCUAUCUGUGCUGUUGAUUUACUAUCAAACGUCUAAAGUGGGUCACAUCCAAAAUUUGGCACAAAUCUAAAUUAAAAACAGAAUUGUGUACUACUUCAGAAGAAAGGGGACUGGUAUGAUCUUGUCAUUUCUAAACAUGUGAAGAGUUCCAGUAUUUGACUGUCAAACUCUUAAAGCUUCAAUGUUAAUAUUGAAAAUGAUGCCAUUUGAUGCAGUGGCUUUUUUAUUCUAUUGCCCUCUAGCCUUUAGAAUCGUGGCUUGGCUUCAGUUGAGACUGCUGGUUCUGCUCUCCUUGCUAGCUGAGGCACUCUGACUGAACUCAGUUUAGUCAGCCUCAUCCCAGUUCUUAAUGGGUACAGGCUUGCGAAACAAAACUGUUUGUACUAACUUUAUGUAAUGCAUGCAUUAGAGGAUGGUUGGUGCCGGCAAUAAGGUGCAUAAUGUUAAUAGCACAACGGGCUGUGACAUUUAAAAAUUGCACUCCGUGCCUUUUUUGCUAAACAGUCUAAAAAGAUGUAAUUAUAAAAGGAUGCCCUGAAUUUGGUCCUGGCCUUUGCCUAGACAAAAAAAAAUUAAGCUUACAUUAAAAUGCUAGCAACAAGUUGGAACUUUCUUCUAACGCGCUUCAUGCUUUGUCCUAGUCCAUCAAGUGAUCUACAGCACCUGUGUGCUUAGCUUUUAUUUGAAAGGAACAGGCUUUUACUUAGAACAAUGGAUCUUGCACAAAAUUGUGUUGUGCUAAAUGUCUAAUCAACCCUACCUGACUGGGAAUGUGUGCCACUGAUGAUAAGAACCAAAAAUGUGCACAGGCAGGAAUGAAACCACCAUCUCUUACCUUGAUCACAAUGAACAAUUUGCUCAUAUAUUUUAAAAAUAAAAGAUGAAAGUCAUGUAUUUGCACGUGGUUGUUUCUAGUUUUGUAAAUUGGUCAGAAGUGGAUGAAAAUAAAGCUGUUCAGUUCUUAUUUUAAGUGUGCAAGUACAUGAUGCUUAAAUGCUGUCUUGUGAUUUGAUGCCCAUUAGUGAAUUUUAUUUUCAGUUAAUUUACAUAAUUCAUUAGAAAUAUAAAGUUUGGUUAUUGCAUAAACACUGAAAUAAACUAGUUAAAGGAUUCUUAGAAGUUCUAUAAUGUUAAUACUUGGAUGCCCAUUAUUGUAUGAAUGUUAAAUCCUGACCUCUAAAUGAUAAGUAUAGUAUAAAUAUAUAUAGUACCCUGAAGUAGCGACAUUUACACUACAGCUUCAGCAUUAAUAAAUUAAAUCAUUUGACACAAACAUGAUAUGUGAAAGAAACUCCAGAAGUAGUAUUUGUAUUUGAUAUCUUAAUCAAAUAGUCACUGGUCACAUUUAUUUUCUUACAUCUACUAAUGCAGUUUUGUUUUGUGAAACAAGCCAAGAUAUGAAUUUCCUUUUUCCAAAUUUUGUUACACUCAGAAUUAUUUGUAACUGGUUUUCUACUUUCAUUAGCAACAAUAACAGUAGGAAUAUUUCCAUGGAUUAUGUAUUUUUGGUGAUUUAUCCUUGUAAUAUUGCCAUAGUACAAGUGAUUUCUUGCAAUAAAUGUUAACUUCUGAAAAGAUAUGUGUCCAUAUUUUGGGCAUGUAUCUGGGUACCAUUUAUUUUUCUGGUCAUUUAAUCUAUGACUCAACUGUUUUUGUUGUCCCCACACAAGAUAGACUUCAAUCUAAUUGGAGCUCAAAUUCAUACUUAAGCCAGUUUGUGAAUGGUAACCCUUUUUAAUAAAUUUUCUUUCCCUGCUUCUCUUUGCAAUAUUUUUCUCUCAUCCAGUAUUGUUACUAUUUUAAUCACUGAGCUUUUGACUAUUCACUUUUGAUUAAACAGCAAUCAAUAAUGAGCUGUUGGUCAAAAAUAGAUGGUUGUUCAGUAACCAUGAGCAAAUAUCAGUGUAAGGCUUCAAAAUGCAAAACUUCAUAUGGGAUCUUUUGAAUCAAGGAUUUACAGUUUUAACCAGUGCUUCAACAGUAACUUCCCUAACUUGAAAAUUACUUGUCAUUUUCAUUAGGAGUAAUCAAUUUUGCAUUGUAUCCAUAAUGUUGAUGUCUUGUGGCUCACACUGAAUGUGUACUCUAAACCAGGGCCAGAAAGGACUGAUGCUGCUACAAUACCCAGUUUGAAAGAGAGGACAUUUUGAAGCAUGUAGUAUUUAGGCAAAAUGCUGUUGGCAUUCUGAAGUUAUACUAAAAGCUUAUUUAUAAGUUGCACUUUCUGUAAAUCUUUUAAUUUGUAAUAGGCAUGUAUGCUAUUCCUUGAUUUGCAGGUUUUGGACAAAUCAAAUGUGUAGUCCUAAUUAUGGUUAUUACUCAUGCAGGAUUGAAGUUGAAAAAAUGUCUGAGAUUUGAUUGUAAAGCAAUUGUUACUUUUGAUUAUAAAGAGCUGCUUGUGUAUGCCAUAAAAAUAUAGAGCCUCCUUAGCUACUGAUCACACUCUUAUGUCAAUCGUCCUAUGGAUGAAUUUUAAUCAACAUCACCUGUCUUUUUUAAAAAAUGAUUGCCAGUUAUAACUGUUGCAUCCGCUGUGUUUUUUUUUGCUAUUUUGUAACUUAAAGUUUACAGUAUUUUUGUCAAGAGUUAUUUAAGAGCCUGUCAUCAGUUUGUAAAUAUUAUCUGUUUUAAAAUAUUGCAGAAUGUUGUGUUGUAGAUGAUGAAAGUUGUUGCAUUAGAAGAGACAAUUGCUUUAAUUGGAAACUUUCUCCUUAGUCAUUUCUAUUAAAUUGUACAGCUGGCAAGGGGCAUGUAGUGAUGGAGUGUUUUUCUUGUGCCAAAAAAGCAGAUGUGACUUUCAAUGCAGCCAUAGAACACCGUCCCAGCCCUCAAAUAAAAAUC